AUGAAUGGAAGAGUUCAAGGUAGCUUCAAAGGUGAGAAAGGGCUACGACAAGGAGAUCCUAUAUCUCCUCUUCUGUUUGUCCAAAUAAUGGAGUAUCUUACUCGGAGACUUCAACUGGCAGCUCAAAGUUCUACAUUCAGAUAUCACCCUAUGUACAAAAGCCUUAAAAUUCUAAAUCUUUGCUUUGCUGGUGACUUGAUUUUAUUUUGCAAAGGGACUCAAUCUUCUGUUAGGGUGCUUAAAGUAGCUCUAGAGGAGUUUAGUUCUGCUACAAGACUCCAUGUUAAUCCUAGCAAGUCUCACAUUUAUUUUGGGGGAGUGACUGCAGCGGAUAGAAAGACCAUAGCUCAUGAGAUUCAACUUACUGAAGGGCCAUUUACUCUCAAGUACUUAGGAGUUCCUAUGCGGGCUACUAAGUGGAAACAUGAGGAUUGUGGCAUUAUUAUCCAAAAGAUCAAACUGAGGUUACAUACCUGGGUGAGUAGGCAUCUUUCAUAUGCGGGCAGAAUUCAACUGAUUCAUUCAGUGUUGUCUGGUCUUCAAAAUUACUGGAUGAGCAUAUUUGUUCUUCCCCAAAGUGUUGUUAAGGAAGUUGAGAAGCUUUGUCGUGGCUUUCUUUGGGGUCUCAAUGGUAAUAGAAGUAAGAUUCACAUAGCCUCUUGGAAGAAAGAUUACAAGCUGAAAUCAGAUUCGAGUUGGUAUUGGAGAAAACUUUGUCACUUGAGGGGAAAAUUUAGCCAAGUUGAAGUGAGAGCAGCUGGUUUAACAGGGACGUUUAGAGCUUCUAAACUCUAUAACAGUUCUCUUUGCCAACAACAGGUUGAUUAUCAUCAAGUAGUUUGGUGCAAGAUGUCUCUCCCCAAGCACAGAUUUUUACUUUGGCAAGUGGUGAACUCUCACCUUCUUACUAGAGAUAUCAUGAUCAGGUUUUGUAUUCCACUUGAUUCAAUAUUAUGUCCUGUUUGUGGUCUCUAUAAUGAAAGUCACACUCAUCUCUUCUUUGAGUGUUAUCUUUCGCAGAAGGUGACAGAUUUAAUUUUCAAUUGGAUGGGGUUUAGAGCUUGGCCUUUUGAGUUUACUGGGUGGACUAAUUGGCUUGCUAGUAGAAGAACAGAGAUCAUUCCUUCUAUCACCUAUAUGAUUCUUGCUUCUGUUGUUUAUAAUCUCUGGAGGAACCGAAAUAGAUGCAUUUUUUAUGGAUUUUCCUGGACUGCUGAUUGUAUAGCUAAUGAUAUAAAGAGUAUAGUUCAUUACAAAUUAUUCAUUGUUAAGAAUAAGAAGAUAACCUUACAGGAACAAAGAUUUAUAGACAAAACUAAUAUGUAA